AUGGUUUUAAUCUCUGAAACUUCCGACGACGGCUCUACUGGCGGCGAUCAUCAAAUCAAGAAACCUAAAAAAGAAGAGGAUCGAAACAAGAAAUUGAAAGAAAAGGUUCAGGUGUCGCUACCAAUUCCAGAAGAACUCAUCUUACGUUGCUUCCUACUCGUUCGGAGAUGUCACCACCCGUCGCUUUCCCUCGUCUGCAGAUCCUUCCAUAGUCUCAUGUCGAAGCUCUACGAUGAUCGCUUGCGUCUCGGCUACACCGAAAACGUUCUUUACGCCUACGUUGGAUUCCCUCCUGUUGAAAACCCUAGCUGGUACAUUCUCCAUCGUAAACCCUAUCGAAACUUGCCUAACACGAUUUCGUUGAAAUUGUGCAAAAUCGAUUCCCUCCCUCCCAUGCCUUGGGGAUCUACUGUCGUCACUAUCGGAUCGGAUAUCUAUGUCAUUGGUGGACGCGUCGGCGAGAAACUUUUAGAAGAUGUAGGCGUAGGCUAUAAUAAACCCAUAAGCGGUGGACGCCGCGGCGAGACAUCCAUAAGAGGUGGACACGCAGGCGAACGACGCAUCUCGGAUGUGACUCACAUAAACUGCAGAUUUCACGAGUAUCGCUCCCUCCCGAGUAUGAAGAUGGCUCGCUGUCGCGCAGCCGCGGGUGUAAUUGACGGAAAGAUUUAUGUGAUCGGAGGUCGUAAGGUACGAACAUCUGAUUGGGUUGAAGUGUUCGAUUUAAAGAAACAGAGUUGGAGUUCUGUGCCAGGUCCGUACCCUGAAGCGUUUGGAAGAGGAGAGUUUCUGACAUAUGCGGUGAUGAAGGAGAAGAUUUACUGUUUGGAUCUUACUCGCAAUAUUCAUAUUUAUGAUCCUAAGGAAAGUAAAUGGGAGUCUUGGACUCAUGGACCGUUGAGUGCUUCUUGGAAUGAUUCGUCUUGUGUGGUUGAUAAUUUGCUGUUUUGCAUCAAUACAUCAGUGUAUUUCCUUGGAUGGCCAAUAAAAAUAUAUGAUCCAGAGAAGAAGACUUGGUUUUACUUGCAAGGUUUACAAGGUUUUCCAGCUAAUGGUCUCUUUGUGGAUGGAUAUAAAAUGGCUAAUUUUGGCGGGAAGUUGGUGAUUUUGAGCGCUGAUGUGCACCGGCUUAGGCGGUAUGACUGUAGGAAAAGAGAGAUUUGGUGCAUAGAGAUUGCUUGGGAAAGAAAGGAAGAUGGUACAUUUUGGGGGAAGGUCGAAUCAGUGGCGGUUGUGCUUACACCAGCAAAGACGACUUCUGUUGACAUUUGUGGAACUGUUACGGUUUGA